UGUAAGUAGAAGUCGAGAUGAAACAAAAAUACUCCACGACCUAGGAAAACCACCUCAAUGGCCACCUCCCGAAGUGGAAGUGCCACAUCUGGUUAAGUAAAAAGCAAGAAAGAUACGAAAUCGAACAUCAAAACAAAAAAUGGGCGCCCUACCAUCAAAUUUCGACGACGUGAACGAACCGCGGAUUUUGGCGGUUUCAGCACAUCGAAUGGUUCAGCAGAUCGUGGAUAACGUCUACCACGACCCAGAUAUGUUUCCGGCUUUGAACUUAUGAUGAGUAGAUAUGUUUAUGUUUAUGUUUCCUGCUUUGACUUCUCAUUUACAACUUCUGAACCUUGUAGUUCUACUUCAGCAAGAAGUGUUUAGAAGCAAGUUGGCUAGAACAAGUGCUACUGGUAUGCCGAUUCCAAUAGCGUCACAGCAGACUCACCAGCAUUGCAGCGCUCCCACAUUGUAGCAUAGCAAUUGUAACGUUUCCGAAUGACAGCUCUGCUUAUGCUCUAAGUCCGGACUGCUCCUGGGAAACGGAUUGGCGGAAGUUGACAUCCUGGCUAAAAAAGAGGGACAUGCUUGACAUUAGCUUGCAUUCGUUCAAUUUUACGAACGCCGAUCAUGCGUGGAACACGUUGUUACAUCGUGUUGUGGGCGGCAAGAAACAAGUGGAAGCUAAACGCUACGCGGUGAGGGAUGACUACUUAAGGAAAUUGCACUGGAAAGUCGACUGCUGGAGCUGGUGCGUGAUUGAUUCUCUUGUUAAAUGAGUCUGACUUCACUUGGUCGUUCCCUGCUUCUCUGUGAAUGAAAAAUAUCCCAGUCCCAAGCACCAUGCUACUGUUGUUGACGAGGAUCAUGCAUACAACAAUAGCGGCAACUGCAGCUCUAACCUUCGGGCUAGGAGGCAGAGGCCUAGGAGGUCAUGGACGAGGUCAUAGAAGGAAGAAAAAACGACAUAAACGUGGUGGCAAAGAUUCGCCUUCUGCGAAGCCUGCAGAGUAUGAUGACCAGGUUGCGCCAGCUUCUCCUUCAGCGAUGAAGAGUAUCGAUGAAGAUGAAUUUAGC